CUGGAUUGGUGGUGGGGCGGGGCGGGGCGGGGUCUCCGGCCGGAAGCGGAAGUGGAGGAAGGAUGCAGGAUCUUCAGCACUUACCCAUCGACAUCCAGACCAGCAAACUGCUCGACUGGCUCGUGGACAGAAGGCACUGCAACCUGAAAUGGCAGAGUCUGGUGUUGACGAUUCGAGAGAAGAUCAAUGCUGCCAUCCAGGACAUGCCAGAGAGCGAAGAGAUCGCCCAGCUGCUCUCUGGGUCCUACAUUCACUAUUUCCACUGCCUGAGAAUUGUGGACCUUCUCAAAGGCACUGAGGCUUCCACAAAAAACAUUUUCGGCCGGUACUCUUCACAGCGGAUGAAGGAUUGGCAAGAAAUCGUAUCCCUGUAUGAGAAGGACAAUACCUACUUAGUGGAACUUUCUAGUCUCCUGGUUCGGAAUGUCAACUAUGAGAUCCCCUCGCUGAAGAAGCAGAUUGCUAAGUGCCAGCAGUUGCAACAAGAAUACAGCCGCAAAGAAGAGGAGGGCCAGGCGGGGGCUGCUGAGAUGCGUGAGCAGUUCUAUCAUUCCUGCAAACAGUAUGGCAUCACGGGAGACAAUGUCCGAAGAGAAUUGCUGGCCCUGGUGAAGGACCUGCCAAGUCAGCUGACUGAGAUUGGGGCAGGGGCUCAGUCCCUGGGGGAAGCCAUCGACCUGUACCAGGCCUGUGUAGAGUUUGUGUGUGAAAGCCCCACAGAGCAGGUGUUGCCGAUGCUGCGGUACGUGCAGAAACGGGGAAACUCAACUGUGUAUGAAUGGAGGACGGGAACAGAGCCGUCUGUGGUAGAGCGGCCACGCCUGGAAGAGCCUCCUGAGCAAUUGGAAGAAGAUGCGAUUGACUGGGGCGACUUUGGGAUGGAGACAGUUUCCAAUGCAGGCAUCUCUGCUGAAGCCUCUGGAAUCGACUGGGGCAUCUCCCUGGAAUCUGAGUCAAAGGAUGCUGGAGUUGAGGGGAUAGACUGGGGAGAUGAUGCUACUGCUUUGCAGAUCACAGUGCUUGAAGCAGGAACCCAGGCUCCAGAAGGUGUUGCUAGAGGCCCAGAUGCUCUGACACUUCUUGAAUACCCUGAGACCCGGAAUCAGUUCAUUGAUGAGCUCAUGGAGCUCGAGAUCUUCUUGUCCCAGAGAGCAGUGGAGAUGAGUGAGGAGGCUGACAUCCUGUCUGUGAGCCAGUUUCAGUUGGCUCCCGCCAUUCUACAGGGCCAGACCAAAGAAAAGAUGGUCACCAUGGUGUCCACACUGCAGGAUCUGAUUGGUCGGCUCACCAGUCUUCAAAUGCAACAUCUGUUUAUGAUUCUGGCCUCACCAAGGUAUGUGGACCGAGUAACAGAAUUCCUCCAGCAAAAACUAAAACAGUCUCAGCUGCUGGCUUUGAAGAAAGAGCUGAUGGUGCAGAAGCAGCAGGAGGCACUUCAGGAGCAGGCAGCGCUGGAGCCCAAGCUGGACCUGCUGUUGGAAAAGACCAAGGAGCUGCAGAAGCUGAUUGAAGCUGACAUCUCCAAGAGGUACAGCGGGCGCCCUGUGAACCUGAUGGGAACCUCUGUCUGACGUUCUCCCUCUGUGUUCCUCCUGUCCAUCUCCCCAGCCUCAGAUGGAGGUGGGACUGCCAGGGCUGAUGUUGUGAAGCCCUUCCCCUCAAGAAGCCAGGCAGGCUGGAGGACAGAGAGCCAGAGGAAGGAACCAUCCCCUGGAUGGGGACCUGGCACUCUGCAAGAAACUGUUUGGCUUGGCCCUGUGGCCUAUCAGCCUGAACCACAGCUGCUGAUUGUAGUUAGUUGAAUUGGACUUAAUAAAAGAGCAAAAGACUCUUGGUUUA